GGAGGGAGGGGGGAGGAGGAGAAGGGGAGGAGGAGGUUCGAGCCCAGGAUAUAGACGCUCAACUCGAGGCCGCUGCAGCAGAAAGAGGAACCUCGCGUUGGCACCAUGGAGACCUGCACAGUCAUGGAGAACCCGAUCCUGCCCGUGUCGCUCCCGAUUCGUCUUUACCCGGGCUACGUGAUCAGCGUGGAGGGCCGCGUGCCGGAGGACUCGGAACGGUUCGCUGUGAACCUGUGCGCCGCUGAGGACGUGGCUCUGCACGUGAACCCCCGGUGGGGGCCCGACUCGGACUCCCAGUGCCUCCUGGUGCUGAAUUCGCGCGCGGGCGGCGCGUGGGGACGCGAGGAGCGACUCGCGGCAGCGCCCUGGUGCCGCGAGACCGACUUCAAGUUGUCCAUCGCCGUGGACGACGAGGGCUACAAGGUCCUGCUGUGUGACUCGUCCCCCGUGCUGGAGUUCGCUCACCGCUGCGCGCUCCAGACCGUUGACCGCCUCGAGUUGAAACCCACGGCCCACGUGUCGCUCCUGCGAGUGCUCGCCCCCGCCUGUACGGACGAGGAACUCCCUCCGCCAGUGACUCCGGACAGCGGCGAUUUAUCGCUGCAGGAUGCCGUGUCGAACUUGACUGUGGCUGACACGCCCGAGGAAGGAGGACCCGAAGCCAAGGAGGAGGAGGGAGCCGAUGCCAAGCAGGAGGAGGGAGCCGAUGCCAAGCAGGAGGAGGAACCUGCGAAGGAGGAAGAGGCACCCGCGGUAGAGGAGAAGGGAUCCGCGCCAGAGGAAGGUGGAGCUGGGGAGGAGGCAGAACAGGAGCCAGUGCCCGAGGAGGAGAAACCCGGACCGGAGGAAGCGGCAGAGGAACAGGGAGCUGGCGAGCAGGGGGGCGAGGGAAGCGGAGCCGCAGAGGGAGAGCUGGGGGAGGAGGCUGGAGGGGAGGUCGCUGCGGAUGCGGAGGGAGGGAAGAGCGCGGAUGCUGCCGCUGCUGCUGUCGAGUUGAGCGUCCCGCACGACGGCGUCAUCGACGGAGGCCUCCACCCGGGAUGGAGCCUCACCCUGGAAGGCGCCGUGCCGGCUGAAGCCAACAGGUUUGCCGUGAACCUCAUUCGGGAAGGCGGACAGGACAUCGCUCUGCACGUGAACCCGCGGUUCAGCGCCGACGGAGGGGGAGCCCUUGUGCGGAAUGCCAAGAUUGGGGGUGCGUGGGGGGCCGAGGAGCGAGGGGGGGUCAACCCCUUCACACGUGGGGAGACAUUCACGCUGGAGGUGAGCUGCGGGGAGUCGAACCUUGCCUUGAAGGUUGGGGGCGAGCCCGUGUGCGACUUCGCACACCGCGUGGGCGAGCUCGCCAGCGUCACGGCGUUCAGCGUGGAGGGGGAUGUAACGCUCACAGCCGUGCGGCAGGGCGACCUCCCACCCCCACCACAACCACCAGCAACCAAGAGCAGCCAACCACGUGUUCAGGAGGAACAUUGUUGGAUCAUGAUGGAGGCACUCAGAAGCGUGGUGAACCCGACCCUGCCCUACUCUCUACCGGUUCGUCUGCACCCCGGCCACGUGGUCUACAUCGAGGGCCGCGUGCCUAAAGACUCGGAAGGAUUCACGGUGAACCUCUGCGGCAGGAACGCCGUCGCGCUGAAAGCGGACUUGCGCUUUGACGCCAAGCCACUCGCCGGCUCCCGGUGCCUCCUCACCCUCAACGCAAAAAUAAACGCCACCUGGGGCCAGGAGGAGCAGCGCACAGGGCUGCCCCUGUUCCGCGAGGUCGACUUUCAACUGUCCAUUUCCAUAAAGGAGGAGGGGUACCAGGUGAUGUGCAACGACAGCUCGGUAGUGCACUUUGCCCACCGCUUCGAGCUGCACUGGGUGGACCGCCUCGUGUUGAACCCCACCGCCUACAUCUUCAAGCUGAGAAUCCUCGCGCCCCUCGGCACCAACACCAUCAAGUAUGGAUCCGAUAUCGUCGGAGGUCUUUUCCCGGGGAAAACCAUCGUUAUCGACGGCUGCGUGCCCCCGAAGGCGAAAAGGUUCGCGCUCAACCUGCUGCAGUGCAGAACCGGGAACGUCGCGCUGCAGGUGAACCCGCGCUUUGACGACGAGGAUGACGGCGAGGUGGUGGUGAGAAACGCGCGCAUCAACGGCAGGUGGGGUGAAGAGGAGCGCUUCUGUCGGGUGCCCUUCCCGUUCGCUCAAGGGCAGGCCUUCUUGCUGGAGGUGAUCUGCGAGGAGGCCCACUUUGUGGUCAAGGUCAACCACGCCGUGGUGUUCACGUUCACUCAUCGCAUUAAAGCCCUGGCGAGCAUCACAUGCUUCUUCGUCUACGGGGACGUAUCUGUCCACUAGGGCUCGUGGCGGCAAUCCACCCUGGCCUCCCAUCCCACCCCGAACCUCCAACCCCACCCUGACCACCCAUCCCCCUCCCCUCGCAUCAAACUCCACCCUGGCCUCCCAUCACUCCCCGAACCUCCAACUCCCCUCUGGUCUCUUCAUUCCAGUGCAGAUUCCGUUCUAUGCCACAGGCUCGUGCGAAGUUGGAUUUCCGACCUCGUGCUAUGAAUAGAGCUCUUGGCGUGUAUGAAUAUUUUUUUUUGUGGAUGGUAUUCGGCGAUAAGCCGAUUGAUUUGAAGAUCGCACUCGAUUUUCUUUCUCUCGACUUCGUCUCGUCUGCUAUGGCUACCACGAUGGGCAUUGCUGGAACCUCGUGUAGAAAUCUUAUUUUCUACUGCUACUGUCAACAACAAAGUCGUUCUUGUACGUAUCCUACAUUUUUCACGAUUAUUGUUGUUACUGUUAGGCAUGACACAAGCAUCUCAUCGGCAGUUUGUGUCAUCUCUGCUGCCACUGGUCAUUACUGCAUCCACCGCUGCUCGGGUUUCCUGUCCCCCCCCCUCCCACCGCUACUGCCCAUCGGUCAUUCAUAAAUCCAUGUAUUGAUGUGAA